GGAAGUUACUCUGGCAAGAAAAUUCUUUGCACCCUGAAAUCUGCCAGUGAGUUUGCGAUGAGUUGAAGAGUUAAAAGACUUUUUACAAUACUAAUAUCGUCUAAGAUGAAAUUAUGGCAGUUGAUUGUAACUGGAUUAGUAGUUCAUGUUAUAUUAUUCUAUUCAAUAUUUGAUGUUUAUUUCACUUCACCAUUGGUACAUGGUAUGACAAGUUAUUCCUCAACGUUACCUCCUCCAGCUAAACGACUAGUGCUCUUUGUGGCAGAUGGAUUAAGAGCUGAUAAAUUUUAUGAACUUGAAAAAGAUGGAAAAACAAUUGCACCGUAUCUGAGAAAUAUAAUAGAAACUAGAGGAUCAUGGGGAGUUUCACACACUAGAGUACCAACUGAAACAAGACCUGGCCAUGUGGCUCUUAUAGCUGGAUUUUAUGAAGAUGUCAGUGCUGUAGCUAAAGGUUGGAAAGAAAAUCCAGUUAACUUUGAUUCUGUGUUUAACGAAAGUCGAUAUACCUGGGCCUGGGGAAGUCCUGAUGUUCUCCCCAUGUUUUCUAAAGGGGCUAGUGGUGAUCAUGUAUUCAUCAACUGUUAUUCUGCUGAAUGGGUUGAUUUUGGUGGACAUGAUUCAACUAGACUUGAUACCUGGGUUUUUGACAAAGUUACGGAAUUUUUUGCAAAAUCUAAAUUAGAUAAACCUUUACACGAUAAACUUCAUCAGAAUAAGAUUGUAUUUUUUCUACAUCUACUGGGUAUUGAUACAAAUGGUCAUUCACAUAAACCAUAUUCACAAGCUUAUUUACAGAAUGUAGAACAUGUUGAUAAAGGAGUUAAGAUGAUGGAAGAAUUAAUAGAAGAUUAUUAUGAUGAUGAUGGUCAAACAGCUUAUGUUCUUACAUCUGAUCAUGGCAUGACUGAUUGGGGAUCUCAUGGUGCUGGUGAUCCUAGUGAAACAUUAACACCAUUAGUUGCAUGGGGUGCUGGUAUACAACUACCUGUACAUGAACAAACAUGUGGUCAUUAUACUGAUAACUUCUGUAAAGAUUGGAAAUUAAAUCAUCUGUUAAGAAAUGAUGUAGAACAGGCUGAUAUAGCUCCACUGAUGACAUAUUUAAUAGGUGCUCCAUUUCCAAUGAAUUCCGUGGGUACCCUACCUAAAGAUUAUUUGGAUAUCUCUGAUUGGCAGAAAGCAGAGGCUUUAUAUACUAAUGCACUUCAAAUGUUAGCUCAGUAUGAGGUUAAAAUGAAUCAAGUUAAAGAAAGUUCAAUAUCUGUGACAUUCAGACCGUACAAAGAAUUGACACCAACAAAAACGUUUGAUGCUUUAAAGAAUUUAAGAUCUCUGAUGAAAAAUGGCCUCUACCAGCAGGCAAUUAAAGAAGGUGACCUACUGAUUAAAAUCACUCUAGAAGGAUUAAAUUAUUAUCAAACAUAUAACAGAUUAUUUCUUGGAGCUAGUAUUGUAUCUGGGUUUUUAGGAUGGAUGGCUUUUAUAUUACAACUAGCUUUACAAGAAAACUCAACAAUAAAAUUAAAUACAGGAUCAUACUUGCAGCAGACAACACUUUUUAUUAUUUUAGGAUUAUUGGUGCUAACAGUAUUACUAGUUCAACAUUCACCUUGGACAUACUAUUUAUAUUGUUUAUUACCAGUAAUAUUAUGGAGUAAAGCUACAAAAGGAUUAAAAUUUGUGAUGCAUCAUUUAAAUGCGAUAAAGGGGAGAAAAGAAAUAUUAACAUUAUCAUUGUCUAUUUUUAUCACUUUAUUAGGCUUACAGAUUCUAGUUUUAGGUUUUUUCUAUCGUGAAUUGUUAUCUAUUGGACUGGUUGGUAUGGCACUGUGGCCAUUUUUUAAUUCAUCAAUUACUUUCAACAAGAUAAGUGUAAUUGGUUGGUGUGUUAGUUGUUUAUUAGUAGCUGUAUUUCCACUUUUACCAUUGGUUGGUCGGAAUUCUAAUAUAGCUGUCGUUAUGGUAUCUGGUUUGGCGGAGUUUAUGUUAGGUGUAGUAAUAGUGUGGUGGGAACAUAAAAGAUAUAAAAGAAAUAGGAUUAAUUGGAUAUUAAUUAUAGAGUGCAUAUUUAUCCUGGUGGCUACAUGUGUUGUAUAUAUAACUAAAUCUAGUAUUAAGAGUGGUAAUGGUCUACCUCUGUAUUGUCAGAUAUUUAGCUGGUUAUUAUUAGUGAUAUGUCCAUGUCUACCGCUAGUAUCAGAGAAUAGUUUAGAAGAGAGAUUAACCAGUGUUGGUUUAUCAUUUCUAGCAUUAUAUCAAUUGAUGUGUAUUACUUUUGAAGGAUUUUUCCUGUUGUCAUUAUCCAUGUUGUUAUAUUUUUGGUUGAAGAUGGAGCAUGAAUCAUUAAAUAAUAAUCAGAAAAAAAUUUUAAAUCAAAUACAGUUCAACAAUACUAAUUUUAUAAGUCAUCACAAUAGUACUGCUUGCAGAAGUUUAGAGUUAGCAGAUCUUAGACGAGCUUUCUUCUAUAUAUUUUUAAUAGUCGUAGGAUUUUUUGGUACAGGAAAUAUUGCAAGUAUGAACAGUUUUGAUCCAGCAUCUAUUUAUUGUUUUGUAACAGUAUUUAAACCAGCUACAAUGGGAACACUGAUGAUGAUAAAAAAUUUAAUACCAUUAUUAGUGGUAACUUGUGUAUUUAGAGGAGUUCAUGUUAUAACUAAAAUACCUACUAGAACUUUAUUUCUACUAGUAUUAUUGAUGUGUGAUUUUAUGGGUCUGCAUUUUUAUUUUUUGGUAAAAGAUACUGGUUCAUGGUUAGAUAUUGGUACUAGUAUCAGUCAUUAUGUUAUAGUUAUGUCAUUGAUUAUAUUCCUUAUGUUAUUAUUUGCUGUUUCCCAAAUUCUCACUACUUUUAAAUUUAAAAUAUUUUUUAAACCAUCACAUCAUGAAGCUAAAUUGACCAAUUAAUGAAUGAAAAUUAUAGUUUUGUAGUCGGAAGGGCUUACAACUGGCAAAGAUGUAUCUUAUGAAGCUCGCCAAUAUGUAGUAUGCGGCCAAGCCCGAUGAAAAUGUAGUUUCUUGGGACUUAAAAGGAAAUAUAUGUGGGUUCAGGUGGACAAAAUGGGAAAGCAUUGGGUGUUUUCAAUGGUGACACAGUUUAUGUAAAAAAUUUUAUAGCCUAUUUCAUGGUCUUUUACUAUUGUUUUUUUGUUAAGAUUUUUAUUUUAAAUUAUUGAAUAUUGUUUUUUUGGUAAGAUUUAUAUUUUAAAUUAUUGAAUAUUUUAAAUAUUAAAGACAGUAAAAAUGUA